AUGCCUGUUCUUUUUUGGAACAUAAAUGGUUUUGCAUGUGAUGAGUCGCGAUGCAAGUUACAAGAGUUACUUAAAGAGUUUAAGCCUGAUAUCUUUUGUCUUGCAGAACCAAAGGUACACUGUACUCUUACAUUCUUGCGAGGUUUAUAUGUUGACGGCUAUAAAAAAGAAGUUAUACAUAAUUUAGUUGGUAGGUCUAAAGGAAACCUAUGGAUUUUCUGGUCCAUGGACAUUGCUACUCCGGUGAUGGUUAAUUCCAGUAGACAAGCUAUUACAAUAAAAGCUGAGGAUGUUUUCAUAUCCUUUGUUCACGCUAGUUGUUUCCAGGUUACUCGUAGAAGUUUACGGCAACAACUUUCUUCUUUUGAUAAUAAUAUUCCCUGGUUGGUCAUGGGAGAUUUUAAUUGUGUAUUUCGUAAUGAUGAGAAGAAAGGGGGUUGUACUCCGUCUACUUCAGCUAUUAAUGAGUUCAGUGAUUGGUUGGGUGACAACAACCUUUUUGAAGCUGACUCUUUGGGUUCUAAAUACACUUGGGCCAAUGGUCUAUCAGGUGUUCAUAGAAUUCUUUGCAAGUUGGAUCGAGUUGUGAUUGAUGAGGCAUGGCUUAUGAAGUUUGAGAAUUGGCGGUAUUUCAUGAGUAUGGUUAUGGAGAGUUGGAAUGCUCCUGUUUCGGGUUCUCCUGAUUAUAUUUAUCCGUACAAGCUUAAGAGAUUAAAGGCUGCCAUGAAGGAGUGGAAUUUUAGGUUCUUUGGCAAUGUUAAUGCUAGACUCAAACAAGCUAAAUUAACUAUGGAAGUUGCUCUUCGUAUUUCUGAUGAGGAUCCGGAAGACAUAACGAAGCUGAAUUUUGCUAAGGAGGCUUCGGUUACACUUCAGAAAAUCCGUAUGCGUCAAUCCAUUAUGUUGAAGCAAAAAUCACGAAAUAAAUGGCUUAAGGAGGGUGCGAGUAAUACCUCCUUUUUUCAUGCCACUAUUCAUACUCGAAGGAGCAGCGAUAUGAUUUCAGAAUUGGUGGAUGAUGAUGGGAAUGUUAUCUCUAAUUGUGACCAGAUUAGAGAUUACACGGUGUCUUAUUUUGAGUCUAAAUUUAAUGGGGUAGAACUGCCAAUUGAUGAGCAAUUAUUUCAUUAUGAGCAUGACACUAUUUCUACGGAGGAAAGUCAUAGAAUGGAUGCGAUUCCUACUUAUGAUGAAAUAAAGGCCGAUGUUUAUGAUCUUGAUGAUGAUAGUGCCCCUGGACCUGAUGGUUUCUCCGGUUGCUUUUACAUACAUUGUUGGGACGUGAUACAACAAGACCUUUAUAAUGCUGUUACUUAUUGUUGGGAACACCAAAGGAUUCCUAAUGGGGUAAAUUCUAGUCUUCUGAUUUUAUUGGCCAAGGUAAGGGGUGCUAAUACUCUCCGUAAUUUUCGGCCUAUUGGUCUUAGUAAUUUUUUCUUUAAAUUUUUUACUAAGAUCCUUUCUACGAGACUUGGUAGUGUUCUUGAUAAGCUGGUUUCAGAGGAACAAGUUGCUUUUAUGAAGGGAAGAAAUAUUCAUGAGAACAUCAGUGUGGCGUCGGAGUUGGUGAAUGAUCUGAAAACUAAGCAUAAAGGUGGCAAUGUGGGUCUAAAGCUGGAUAUUACUCAAGCUUUUGACAUUGUUAGCUGGUCUUUUGUCUUAGAGGUGUUUCGUAGGUAUGGUUUUUCCCAACAAUGGUGUUCUUGGAUAUAUUCGGUGCUUCGCUCAUCUCGUAUUUCUAUCCUUCUCAAUGGUAGUCCGGAUGGUUUUUUCAAAAUUAAUAGAGGCAACCUGAGGAGUUUGCAUAAUCUCCUUGAGUUGCUUGGGAAAUAUCAAACGGCCUCGAUCCAAACAGUUUGUCAUCAAAAGAGUAAGGUUUAUUAUGGUGGUGGAACCUUGAGUCGUUGUAGAACUAUCACUGAUUUGCUUGGUAUGGAAGUCUCUACCUUCCCGGACAGGUAUUUGGGAGUUCAAAUUAUGCCUGGAGCUGUAAAAUAUCGUCACAUUAGCAAUGUAGUUGAUAAGAUUAAAAAGCAACUCUCUGUUUGGAAAGGAAAAAUGCUCUCUUUUCAAGAUCGGUUUAUUCUUAUUAAUUCUGUGAUUUCUAGUUAUGCCAUUCACAACAUGGUUGUUUAUAAGUGGCCUCAGAAGUUCAUUCAGUAG